UGAAGUGAGGAAACCAUCAAUGGAGCACUGGUGUUUGUGUGGAACUAAAGAAAAUGUUGAUCCAGCUAUUAAAUUCAGGACAUGUCAAUCUACCUAAUUUGAUCACUCUACAUAUGAAUCCUUUUCUCCGUCUUGGUCUGUGCGGACUCUUGCUCCAUCAGGACAUUGGCAGUAUUAACCUGGAGCAGAUAUGGAUAAAGGAGACUACUUGGUGGAUGCUGCCAAGCAGAUUCGCAUGGCACUGGAUAGAGAAGUCAAUGAGGACUAUGAAGCUGCAUUUAGCUACUACAAGAAUGGUGUGGACCUGCUGUUAAAUGGAGUUCAAGUGGAUCCUAACAAGGAGAGGCGAGAGGCUGUGAAGCGGAAAACCACUCAAUAUCUGAAGAGAGCAGAAGAGAUCUUCAACUCUCAUCUACAGAACAAUUUUAGCAAAAACAACAUGGAGCCAGGGGGUUACAGUAGUCUGAGAUUCAGGUCUAUUAGACAUCUCAGCUCACCGGUGGAGGAUCUGGAGAUGUGUAAAGUUGUAGGCAUCAUUGAUAAGGUUCUGACUGUCCAAAACCUCAUUAGCAAGGAGACGUUUGUGAUUAAGAGCCUGCCUAAGUCAAGCUGGGAAAAUCGAGGACGUCCCACCAUCAUCCCUCAAGGAGUUCCGUUCAUGGUAAAGUUACUGAGGUACUACGUUAGCGAGGACUCAGUGUUCCUGCAUUUGGAACAUGUUCAAGGUGGUAAACUCUUCUCCAAACUGCACCGGAUCAGAAGUGACCCAGCCAGAGAAUACCCUGAAUGCUUUAGCCCCAACCAGCACAAGAUCCAGCUCAAAAACAGCUACACAUCUCCUAUUCUACACCAGCUAAAUGGUGGGAGCACACACAGACCUUCUGCAGUUCCUAAACAAGAGAUUUUGGAAAGUCCAGACCCAGACUUAUUGACUUGGAAUGAAACUCAGCAUCAGCUUGAGAGCUGUGGCACACACUCGUACUGUGAGGAAACAGGAUGCCUGCAGAACUCCAGAUCGGAUAAGGAUCAGGUCUGGCAAAAGCCCUCCUCAAACCCUUGUGCAAUAAGGACAGAUUCUGUUUCCUGUCUUAAUGGUCAGCACGAUCGUUUCAUAUCUCAGGACAGUUUUCCUCUUCCAGUUCAUCCGUGUGUAAUUGUGGAUACUCGAGAUCCACUCAGUGUUACUAACGACCUUUUAGGGAAUGACGUUCAUAUCGAGCGGAUCGACUCCAGCUUAGAUUUUGAUAAAGCUUGGACUGCUCAUAAGCCGGCUCAGGAACACGUACAUUUGCCAGAUACAGGGUCAAAUUCGGAUAUUCUGGGUAUCAAUAAUGCAGCUCAGAUCACGCUGAGUUCUUUAUUUGGUGAUGCCACUCAGCCAACACUCUGUAGCACUGUCAACGUCCUUCCACAGAAAGUUCGUAUAGUUCCCAACGCCUCAUGUUUACCCUCACAGGGACAAAAGCAAGAGGGUAAUACUCAUAGUACUCACGGAAGAACAAACCAUUGCUCAGAAACUCUCGUCCACACAGAGAGGUGCCACCUUGUGGCUAACCUAAGCUCAGGAAAUCCUCAACCAGGCACACUAAAGCCUCUAGUGCAACACAAACCACAAAGACCUGCACAUUUUUUAUUUGACUUUACAUCCAAUACAAAUGAGGAUGGUGUGAACAGAGACUUGGUUGAGGAUGGAACAAAUAACUGGGAACACUUUAGCCCUACUUACAAAGAUGAAGCAAGCGAUGCAUUCUUCACCCACUCUUCCCUCAGCACUAUCAACCCGUCUCAUUGGCACAAUAAUUCUAAAGAACCAGAGGAGGAGCCACUUAUAGAGGUUGAUGGCUGGUGCCACUUGCCUAAGAUUAGGACUAAGAGCUACAGUGUUAAGCAACAACGCAGUCGAUGGGGUCUUCCAGAGGCAGAGGUGCAAAUGUGGGGUGCUCAAAUCCUGCUAGCUCUCGAGAGCCUUCAUGAGCAAGGCAUUGUGUGCCGCGAUUUGAACCCUAGGAAUAUCUUGCUCAACAGCAGUGGAAAGGUGUGUCUGACAUACUUUGGCCAGUGGACAGAGGUUCAGUCUGAAAUUAACCCUACAGCUAUGGAACAGAUGUACUGUGCACCAGAGAUUGGAGGUGUAUCCAAAAUCACUGAAUCCUGUGACUGGUGGAGUCUUGGAGCUUUACUGUUUGAACUCCUGACUGGAAUGCCUCUGUGGCAGUGUCAUCCUACAGGAGUGCAUCCACACACACAGCUUCUCAUUCCAGACCAUCUGAGCACUGCAGCUGCCUCCCUACUCACAGAGCUUCUUCAGUAUGAUGCUGGCUAUCGACUGGGCUCUGGAGGAGGCGGUGUGAGUGAUAUUAAGUGCCACCCUUUCUUUAACUCUGUUCCUUGGCACCAGCUGAGCAGUUAAGAGACGCAGCAGGCUAAUGAACACCUAAACACAGCUGAGAUGAAGUCAUUCUGUCUUUAGCAAGGCCAGCUGGCAUCAUUUUGAGGAGGUCGGAUGUCCGGGGAAUGUAAUUUAAAAACAGCUUUUUUCAAGUCAAUAGCAUUAGUGAGAUUUGAAC